AUGCUUUCCACAACUCACCAUAUCCCAAACACUUCAAAUGGCAACACUACUCACAACGAAACCCACCGGGCUGAUACAUAUGGGGGCAUACGAGUUCGUGGAUCUUGGAGAUUUUCGAUACUGGGUGGUGUUUUGGCCACAACAAUGAUUCUCAUUGCAAACAUUGUUACCAUUGUUGUUGUUUACACAAACUAUCAUGUGGAGAAUCACAGUAUUGCGUUCUUCACUGGGAGCUGCCGCACUGCAAGUAUGUUGAGAACCAUGGUACACAUUAUUGUCAAUAUUCUCAGCACAGUCUUGCUGGCUGCCAGUAAUUUCGCCAUGCAAUGUUUGAAUUCACCUACAAGGACCGAAGUCGAUAAAGCUCAUGCCGAACGCCGGUGGCUGACCAUUGGAGCCCCAAGCCUUCGAAACCUGUUUGGCGUUUCGAAGACGAAAGCAUCUCUCUGGCUUGUGCUUGGAGCAAGUUCUUUUCCAUUGCACAUGAUAUGGAAUUCGGUUGUUUUCCAAACUCACCAGGUCACUGAUAAUGUAGCUGUCACUAUCACAGAGAACUUCACACAUGGGGCUUAUUGGACCGUUCCGCCGCUUUCUAUUUCAAACCAAGAGCGUCACCUUUUCAUUCCACACGACAGAAUCGAGCGCCUUCAGCGUCAGGUACAAAACAAAAGUCUUUAG